AUUUUAUAUAAAAUUAUGUUUGACUAAUUACACUAUCAGAUAUAUUUGCCAACUCAGUAUUAGUAACAGAGGCCUUCAUUGUACCAAAUCUCCGUUUUUUAGGCAAUAGACUAUCAUCAUGCACUUAUCUUUUCCUUCUUCUAGGCUAUAAAUAUAAAUAAAUAAGGUUUGUACACUUAUCGCAUCUUGACUUGAUCAGUAUAGAGAAGUAGGUCAGCCAAAACCGAUCAUACAGGUUGGUUCAUGGAUGCACACGAUCAUCUCGCGGUUGUGGAUGGAAGCAAGAUGACAUGGAACGUAAGGGUCCGUGUUACAAGAAUAUGGCCUUCGACAAUACCAAAUGGUGUCAUAGUCAGAUGGAACUUGCUCCUGUUAGAUUCAGAGAACACUCACGUGCAUGCAUCCACUACCCCUGAAAUAUGGAUUCAAUUCCAGAAUUUAAUCAAUGAAGGAGUUGUGUGCAUGGUUAGGAAUUUCAGUGUCAUACCUGCCAAUGGCAUUUUCCGACCUGUGCUUCACCCACGCCAAAUAGCAUUUACAGAGGCGACCCGAAUCAAUGUUAUUCCGGAAGAGGAAUUUACAAUUCAAAUGCACAGGUUUGAAAUUAUUCCACUGGAAGACUUGCAGGAACAUGUUGUUGAAGGAAAUCCAAAUUGGCUAAAUGAAUUCUCCAUAGAUGUAAUGGGAAUGGUGGAAGAUCUUGAACCAAUCCAGGAAUCCCAGACAAACCAUGGUCCAGUAGAAAUUAUAAAAUUCACAAUAUAUGAUGGAAGUGUUAGACACAAAGUGCAUAUAUCGGGACCCUUCAACCCUGACGCGUUAUCGUUGUAUGACGAUCAAUUUGCAAAUCCCAAGAUUGUCAUAAUGGCAAGCACAAGAAUUUCUGAGUUUAGAGGGACUAUUAAGAUAACUAAUCUUUCGUCCACCAAGAUUUAUGUGAACCUUGAAUGCCCGGAAGUGACAACGUUCAGACACUGGUUGAUCAAUGAUGGCUUCAUGGAGUUUUGGCCUAUCAUUUGAUCUGAAGAACUAGAUGCUAAGUACGACAUGGGAGCUAAUAAGAACUGGGUUGCUGUGAGGCAGAUUUGUGCCGCAUCAUUCCUUGAUUCAGAUUAUUGUUUUGGGUUUCAUCCUAGGAUUUUCUUUCUGUUAAAAAUGAAUUCUAUUCAUCCAGUUAGGCUUUGAUUUCAUAAGUUUCUUUUUAUCAGAUGACCUCAUUUGCUUUAUUAUUUCAUUAGACUAUGUCUGCUUUAUAAUUUUCAAAGAGCAUGAUUGCAUUUUUUAUUUGAGAUAUAUAGUCUGAAGGAUUUUUUAUAAAGCAAGAUGAUUUUGACAAUGUGAGUUGAAUUUCACUUAGAUUUUAUUCAUGUUUCUGGGGUAUAAUCAUGUACAUAUGUAUAUCUAAAAGUGGUACAUAUGUAUAUGAAGAAUGGAGAAUCAUUUUCAGCACUUGAAAUAGUUUCUGGAGACUCAAAAAUUUUCAGCACUUGAAAUAGUUUGGGAUCAGCGUGGAAGAAGAAAGUGCUCAGACCAUUGCCACAGUUCAAGAUGCAGCAGAUUUGAUUGAGAAGCUUUACAAGAAAAAAUAGUAAAGACGUUUAGAAUAAUUGUUUGUUCAUAGCUGUUAAGAACUGGAGCCACGUCUUUGUGUUUGUCAAGAAAAUUAUCAGAGAGGCUAUUUGAUAUGUAUUGCUCUGCUGUGUUCACGUAAGAGAAUAUUUUUGUCAAAAAGCAAUUUAGUAUCAGGCAAAUAUAUUGCCUUAUACUC